AUGUUCGUAGUUGCUACGUUACGAGCUGCGGCGGCAUUUCCCACCUCCCGGCUGAGUGUCGCGCGCCGCGUUGCAGGUGCGGGUGGAGGUGCUGGACCGCAACGACAGCCCGCCGGCGCUGGCGAGCUGCGCUUCUCGCUGCUGCCGCCGCCGCCGGGCGCCGCCGCCGCCGCCGCCGCCGCCGCCGACCGCUUCGCGCUGGACGCGCGCUCCGGCGCCCUCACGCUGCGCGCGCCGCUGGACCGCGAGGCCGCCGACGAGUACGUGCUGGUGGUGCGGCUCUCCGACGGCGUCCAGCACUCCGACACCGCCAUCACCGUGCGCGUAACGGACACGAACGACAACCCGCCCGUCUUCGCCGAGGCGGCCUACUCGUUCGACAUGCCGGAGAACGCGGCGCGGGGCGCGCGCGUCGGCGAGGUGCACGCCACAGACCUCGACCAGGGCGUCAACGGCCACAUCAGCUACAGCGUCGUCUCCGACUGGGCCAACGACGUCUUCUCGCUGCACCCGCAGACCGGCGUCUUCACGCUCACCGCCAGGCUCGACUACGAGGAGGUGGCGCACUACAUCUUCGUGGUGCAGGCACAGGACUCGGGGAGGCCACCGCUCAGCUCUACAGUGAGUGUCUACUUCAACGUCCUCGACCUCAACGACAAUGCACCGCUGUUCGACCCGAUGAGCUACAGCAACGAGGUCUUCGAGAACAUCACCGUCGGCUCGCCUGUGCUCACUGUCAGCGCCACCGACCUCGACUCUGGCGAGAACGGCCACAUCGAGUACAGCAUCAGCGCGGGCGACGCGGCCGGCGACUUCGCCAUCACGGCCAACGGCACGCUGGUGACGGCGCGCGCGCUGGACCGCGAGGCGCGGCCGCUGUACAACCUGCUGGUGACGGCGCGCGACCGCGGCCAGCCGCCGCUCUCCUCCACCGUGCAGGUGACGGUGGUGCUCAAGGACGUGAACGACGCGGCGCCCGAGUUCAUCUCGCCGGGCGAGGUGUCCGUGGCGGAGAACACGCCGGCGGGCACGGUGGUGCUGGCCGUGAAGGCGGCCGACCGCGACGAGGGCCGCAACGGCUACGUCGAGUACUCGCUGGUCGCCGGCGCCGGCCCCGGCGGCGACGCGGCGCGCCUCUUCUCCGUCGGCGCCACCGACGGCCUGGUGCGGGUGACCGGCCGGCUGGACCGCGAGACGCGCGCCCUCUACGAGCUGUGGGUGGAGGCGCGCGACCGCGGCCAGCCGCCGCUGGCGACGCGCGCGCUGCUGCGCGUGCGCGUGCUCGACGAGAACGACAACAGCCCCGUGUUCGACCCCCGGCAGUACAGCGCCUCCGUCGCCGAGAACGCCUCCAUCGGCGCCAGCGUGCUCCAGGUGUCGGCGACGGACGUGGACGAGGGCGGCAACGGCGUGGUGCGCUACGCGAUCGUGGCGGGCGACGACAACCGCGACUUCAGCAUCGCGGCGGACACGGGCGUGGUGCGCGUCGCCAACAACCUCAACUUCGAGCGCGCGCCGCGCUACGUGCUGCGCGUGCGCGCCACCGACAGCGGCCGGCCGGCGCGCCACGACGCCGCCACCGUCGCCGUCGCCGUGCGCGACAUCAACGACAACCCGCCCGUCUUCCUCGACUCGCCCUACCUCGCCUACGUCAUGGAGAACGUGGUGCCGCCGGCGGGCGGCGGCUACGUGCUGACGGUGCGCGCCCACGACGCCGACUCGCCGCCGCACAACGCGCAGGUGCGCUACUUCCUCAAGGAGGGCGACGCCGACGUCUUCCGCGUGAACGCGACGUCGGGCGAGGUGCGCGUGCUGCGGCCGCUGGACCGCGAGGCGCGCGCCGCCUACCUGCUCACGCUCGUCGCCAUGGACACCGGCACGCCGCCGCUGACGGGGACGGGGACGGUGCGCGUCGAGGUGCAGGACGUGAACGACCACGCGCCGGAGUUCGCGCGCCAGGCGUACGAGGCGAGCGUGGGCGAGAACCUGCCGGCGGGCACGGCCGUGCUGCGCGCCGCCGCCACCGACCGCGACCAGGGCGACAACGCGCGCCUGCGCUACUCGCUGCUCGGCGAGCGCGCGCACCGCUUCUCCGUCAACCCAGACACGGGCGAGCUGACGACGGCGGAGCCGCUGGACCGGGAGGAGACGGCGUCGUACCAGCUGACGCUGGUGGCGCAGGACGGCAGCGCCACCGAGCCGCGCGCCGCCGCCGUCAACGUCACCGUCGUCGUCGCCGACGCCAACGACAACCCGCCGCGCUUCUCGGCGCCGCGCUACACCGUCUACGUGCCCGACUCCACGGGGCCAGGGGAUUUUGUGUUCGGCGCCGAGGCGGAAGACGCGGACGCGGGCGCCAACGGACAGGUGCGCUUCUCGCUGUCGGUGUCUGCGCCGGGGGCGGGUGCGGAGGCGGCGCUGCUGGCGGUGGAGGCGGCGACGGGCGUGGUGCGCGCGGCGGGCGCGCUGCCCGCCUCCGGCGAGGUGCGCGCCACGCUCACGGCGACGGACGGCGGCCGCGAGCCGCGCACCGCCACGGCCGAGCUGGUGGUGCGCACGCGCGCCGCCGCCCUCUUCCCGGCGCUGUCGCUGGCGCCGGCGCAGGCGCGCGUCGCGCUGGCCGAGGACGCGCCCGCCGGGCAGCCCGUGGCGCGCCUCGCCGCCUCCUCCCCCAAGGCGGGGCCCGCCGCCGCCAUCUCCUACGCCGUCGCCGGCGGCAACUUCGGGGGCGCGCUGCGCGUCGACGCCUCCUCCGGGGAGGUGGUGGUGGCGGGUGGCGGACUGGACUACGAGACGGCAGCCAGCUUUUCAGUGUGGCUGGAGGCACGUGAUAACGACUCUCCGCCGCUGCGGUCGGUGGUGCGGCUAGAUGUGACGGUGCGGGAUGCCAACGACAAUGCACCUGUGCUGGAGCGCGCCGUCUACAAUGCCGAAGUGCCUGAGGAGCGGCCGCCACCUGUGCUGGUUUGUCGUGUGCACGCCGACGAUGCUGACACCGGUGUCAACGGAGAGGUGUCGUACCGGCUGCGGCCGACGGAGUCGUCGGCACUCUUCUCGGUGGACGCAGUGACCGGAGAGGUGUGGACGCGGGCACGGCUGGACCGGGAGCAGGCAGGAUCACACCGGCUGCUCGUGGAGGCAGUGGACGGUGGGUCACCUGUACUGUCGGGCACUGCCACGGUGCUGGUCGCCGUGCGUGACGAGAAUGACAACCCGCCUCGCUUCACGCGCCUCUUCAGCGUCAACGUCACCGAGAACGCCGAACUGGGAUCCUUCGUUAUUCGCGUCACCUCUUCCGACCGGGACGUGGGUGAAAACGCUAACGCUUCCUACAGCUUUGCUGACAACCCGGGCGAGCGGUUUGCCAUCGACCCGGUGACCGGCAACGUCACAGUGGCAGGGCUGCUGGACCGCGAGGCACAGGACGAGUACCUGCUCAAGGUGGCGGCAGUGGACGGGUCGUGGCGUGCUGAGACACCACUCACCGUCACCGUCCAGGACCAGAAUGACAACGCACCUGAGUUCGAGCACUCCUACUACAGCUUCAGUGUACCGGAGACAAUGACUGGGAGCAGCACUGAGGGCGACAUCGGGAGUGAAGUGGGAGCAUCAGGGCAGGGGCAGCAGCAGCGGCGGCAGUCGGAGGCAGUAUUCGUGGGGCGUGUGGUGGCCACAGACCGUGACAAGCAGGGCCCCAACUCUGUUAUCUCGUACGCGCUCCAGCAGCCCUCCGAUUUAUUCACCGUCGAUCCGGCAAGUGGCGACAUCUUCUCCAAGCGGCGGCUGCGCUACAAGCACAGUGCCUCAAUGGACCGUUCACCCGAGAACCAGUACUCCUUCACUGUCACCGCCACCGACAAUGGCAAGCCACCCAUGUCCUCGGAGUGCCUCGUCACAGUUGACGUUGUCGAUGCCAAUAACAAUUCACCUGAGUUUGAGACAGAUACCUACUUCUCACCUGUGCCAGAGAAGGCUUCUGUGGGUCUGCGAAUCAUUAAGGUGACGGCACACGAUGACCUAGAUGUGGGUGUGAACGCCGAGGUGGAGUACGUGAAGACAGGUGCGGGCAACGGCUCUCAGUUCUUCCAGGUGGCACGUGACACAGGCUGGAUCUCUGUGGCACGGGCCCCGGGCAGUGCCGGUGUGACAUACUUGCUCGGGGUGCGGGCACGUGAUCAUGGUGUCCCGCCACGACACGCUGAUGUCACUGUCACCGUGGUGGUCACCCCAGACAACCACCACAGCCCUGUCUUCAACACGCUUAGCUACCAGGUCAUAGUCCCUGAGAACGAGCCUGUGGGCUCGACCAUCGUGACGCUGUCGGCGACGGAUGGUGACGAGGGCCCAAACGGGAUGGUGCGCUACACCAUCUCCAGUGGGAGCGAGUGCGAGGAGUUUGCUGUGAGCGCAGAGACGGGAGCAGUCACCAUCCGCCAGCCGCUCGACUAUGACUCGGUGCCCGAGUACCACCUCAACAUAACCGCCAGCGACCUUGCCUUUGAACCGCGCCAUGCCACUGCCACGCUGAGGGUGACUCUGACAGACGUGAAUGACAAUGCACCAUCGUUCGAGCACGCCGAGUACUCGGCAUCAGUGCGUGAGAAUGCGCCAGCGGGCACGGCAGUGUUCACACUGCUCGCGCAUGACGCCGACUCGGCACGCUAUGCUGUCGUGCGCUACUCCGUAGUGGGUGGUUCGGGACGCGACGCCUUCCGUUUGGACCCAGAUACGGGCGUGCUCUACUCCCGCCGACCCUUCGACUACGAGCAGACCCAGCUGUACACACUUGACGUGCUCGCCGCUAAUCCUGACUCACCCAUGUAUGGCUCCACCAAGGUGGUGGUGCACGUGACGGGGGAAAACGAGUUCUACCCACACUUCGUGCAACCCGUAUUCCACCUGGACGUCUCCGAGUCUGCUGAAGUGGGCACAAGUGUCGGCACCGUGCGUGCCACAGAUGAGGAUGCAGGCGAUGACGGGCACGUCUUCUACCUAUUCGUGGGCGCCAGCAAUGACCGAGGCUUCAGCAUCGUUUCCACCACGGGCGAAAUCCGAGUGGCGCGCCGCCUCGACCGCGAGACACAGAGCCGUGCUGUCCUCACUGUGCUGGCCAAGAACCGUGGCUCCAUCCGUGGCAAUGACACUGACGAGGCCCAGGUGAUCAUCUCCAUCCAGGACGGCAACGACCCGCCGGAAUUCGAGCGAGAAGUGUACGAAGCGGAGGUGUCGGAAGGGGCGGCGCCAGGUGCCCUGGUGGCCACUGUGCGCGCCACCGACAGUGACGUGCGGCCUCACAACAACCACUUCUCCUACUCGAUCAUCGCCGGCAACGCUCAGCACGCCUUCAAGGUGGACCCGGCGACAGGCGUAGUGGAGACCACGUCGCGGCUGGACCGCGAGGUGACACCGGCGUACGCACUGGUCUUGGGAGCCAUCGACACGGGCACACCGCCGCAGACGGGUACUGCGACUUUGCGUGUGCGGGUCACCGAUAUAAACGACAACGGGCCACAACUGGCCGCUGACGCGUCACGAGGUUACGUGUCUGAAAACGAACCUGCGGGUACGUCCGUAAUGACGCUGACUGCUACCGACCCCGACCUGCCACCCAACGGAGCGCCCUUCGCCUACAGUGUGGUGGGUGGCCGCCACCGUGACCUCGUCUCUGUCGAACGUCACUCGGGGCUCGUCCGCACGACACGUCCACUGGACCGGGAGGCCACACCGGAACUUGACAUAAUUGUGGAGGUGGAGGACAGCGGGGAGCCACCGAUGCGGUCGCAGUUGCCCGUGACAGUGGUCGUGCUGGACCAGAAUGACAGCCCGUCUACACCACGCGCUGUCCAUGUGCUUGUCUAUGCCUUCGAGGGGCAGUUGCCACACGGAAAGAUUGCCGACGUGCGUCCCAAUGACGCAGACACCACGGGUGACUACCACUGCGAGGUACAGUCUGGUGGUGGCGGACUUAGCAUCCCAGCAGGCACUUGCGAGCUGCACGCCCUGCCCUCACUGUCGCAGUUAUUGACCAGCGGAACGGGGGCGGGCCGCGGUCUGGCGCUGGCCGUGACUGGCAAUGACGGCGUGCACGCUGACGUCGUGUCAGCCGUCACCGUCGAACUGGCCACCUUCGACGAGGAGGCUGUGGCAAAUGCGGUGCCACUGCGUGCUGAAAACACGACAGCGGAGCGCUUCCUGGCGGCCCACUACAAAGCAGCUGUUGACGCAUUGCGUGCUGCUUUUCCUGCGCCUGCUGAUGCACCGCUGCUCUUCGGCUUGCAGCAGGUCGACGCAGGGCUCGAGAUGGCCGUCGCCGUGCGCUCUCAGCAGGGCUACCGUGACAGAGCAGCAGUGACGGAGGCGCUGUCGCGGGCUGCACCGCUACUGCCAGCCCUGUCCGUGGCGUACAGUGCGUGCCGGCAGCGUGCGCCCUGCCAGAAUGGUGCCUCCUGUUCUGAGGCACUGCGUGUCCGCCCCAACCGCACCCUCGUCUGGGACAGCCGCACUCUCGUCUUUGCCACACCAGCUGUCAUCCUCGAGGUGGACUGCCGUUGCACCGAGGGCUUCGCGGGGGAGCGCUGUGACCGGCGGCAGGACCCGUGCUCGCCUAGUCCCUGCCUAGCUGGAGGCACCUGUCACCGUAGCGCACGCCUCGGCGACUUCUCCUGCUCUUGCCCGCCGCUCAGGGAGGGCCGCCUGUGCGAGCUGGAACGUGGGGCGGUGUGCGGCACGCGGCCCUGCCUGCACGGUGGAUCGUGCCGUGAGAGUGCAGACGGAGCCAGCUUCUUCUGCCUGUGCCGGCCUGGGUUCCGUGGCAACCGCUGCGAAGCGGCGGCCGACUCGUGCCGUCCCAACCCGUGCGCUCACGGUGGUGUCUGCAUCGCGCUGCCACCGCCACCUGCUCUCGGGUACCGCUGCUCUUGCCCUGACGGACGCUUCGGACGCCACUGCGAGGGCUCGGCAUUCGGGUUCGGAGAACUCGCGUUUGCCGCCUUCCCGUCGCUCGACGCCACGACCAACGACGUGUCGGUGGUGUUCGCCACUGCCAAGCCCGAUGCACUGCUCGUGUACAACUACGGUGCGCAGACGGGUGGGCGCUCGGACUUCGUCUCGCUGGAGCUAGUGGCCGGGCGUGCCACCUUCUCGUACGGUGGUGCACGUACUGCCAUCGCCACAGUGCAGGCAGGCGGCGAGCUGGCGGACGGCCGCUGGCACCGCAUCACGGCGACACGCAACGGCCGCGUGUUGUCGCUCAGUGUGGCCUCUUGUGGCGAAGACGGUGACGCCUGCCGAGACUGCAGUCCGGGUGAUCGCUCCUGCUCGGCCGACGAAUUUGGCCCGACUGGGACACUCAACUUCGACGGCUCUCCAAUGCUGGUGGGCGGCCUACCGUCCGUAGAGGCGGUGCUAGAGCGCCCGGGGCAGGUGCACUCGGACGAACUGGUGGGCUGCGUGCACAGUGUGACAGUGAAUGGCCGCGCACUCAACCUGAGCAGCCCGCUGCGCGCACGUGCCGUCGCUCCCACCUGCUCGCGCCCGCGGCUCUCGCCUUGCGACUCGCUCGGAGCUGAUGGUGCCGAUCGUGACCGGUGCGGUCCUGCGGGGAGGUGUGCAGAGGGGUGGCCGUCGCGGCGCUGUGAAUGCCACACGGGCUCUGUCGGCUCCUCUCCCGAGUGGGUGCUGGCGCCCGACUGUGGCCCCGCACUGGCACCAGUGUCGCUAGCUGCAGGUGCGCGGUUGGAUCUCCCGCCGGGAGAGCGCCACCGCCGGCUGCAGCUGCUGGACACACUGUACCGCGGGACGACGCGCUGGCGCCGCCCACCUGCACCCGCACCCUCUGCAGAGCAGCACCGCCUGACGGACAGGGCCGUCGCCUUCGCAUUCCGCACGCUGCGUGCAGAUGCCGCACUCUUCUUCGCGGCCUCCAACUCCGACUACACCUCGAUAGAGUUGCGCGGUGGGCAGCUGGUGUACGUAUCCCGGCUGGGAGGUGCGCCGGCUGUGAACACGAGUGCCGCAGGCCCUCCGCUGUCGGACGGCACGUGGCACCACGUGCGGCUGUGCGCGCAGCGGCGCACGCUCUCACUGCUGCUGGACGGGGCGCGGGCGGGCGACGAGCUCGACGCGGCCGGGGUGCACGACUUCCUGGACCCCGAUCUGACUGCACUCUCGUUAGGCGGUGCACCGCCACACCUGCUGCCCGGAGCCCCAGAUUUUGAGGGUUGCCUGGCCAACUUCACCAUCAAUGACGAGCUGCAGCCACUUAACGGCUCAGGGAGCAUCCUGCCUGAUGUCGUGUGGCACGGUGCCGUCACACCCGGCUGCGCGGGGCCUGCCGGCCUCGCCGCCACCGCCACUCCCGACCCACUCAGCAUCGGCAUCACGCUCGUCAUCGUAUUCUUCGUCGUACUGCUCGUCGCUAUUCUCGUCAGCUUUGUCGUGUUCCGGCUUCGGCGCCAGAAAAAGGAGAAAGGUGGUGGUGUGAGUGGUGGUGGCAUUGUCGGCAAACAGAACGGCGGUGCGACGUUAGUGUCGGGUGGUGGUGGACCCGGAGGAGGGGGUAACGAUGGCAGUGGUGGUGGAUGUGGUGUGCUAGGUGGACGUGGAUUGUCUGCAGCGGAAACUGCUGCCUUUCUUGGUGAAACGGGUGAAGUGCUUAGGCCACAUCACCUCGUCGGACCUGAGCUUAUUGCCAAGAAAUACAAGGAACGUGAGAUCGUGGCACAGCGUCCAGAUAUUAUCGAGCGUGAAGUAGUGGGGAAGCCCCUGCAGCCACCGCUGCAGCCGCCACAGCUGAGCGCCCCCUCCUCCGCACCCGCACCCCAGCCCACAUCGGCAUCGGUCGGGCCCAACGAUCCCGACCUGCCCGAGCACUACGACCUAGAGAAUGCGAGUUCCAUCGCACCGUCUGAUAUAGACAUAGUGUACCACUACAAAGGGUACCGUGAAGGUGGAAAUGUCAGAAAAUACCGGGCCACACCUCCUCAUCUUCCACCACCGACCGUUGGGGUGGGCUACCACCACAAGCACUCUGCCAGUGGGAGCGCGGCGGCGCAACAGCAGCAGCACCGGCACUCGCCCCGUGGCGGUUUUGCACCACCGCAGAGGGAUUCCCCGCGCCAGGCGGCUCCCCCGCCCCCAGCUGACAGUUCACCCGGUGCGCCAGGGCCGGGGCCGGGCUCCGUGGCGGCUGGUUCGGGAGCAGGUGGAGGUCCCGUACUCCAGAGCACACCAUUAGCUCGCCUCAGCCCAUCCUCCGAGCUGUCGGCUCAGCAGGCACCGAGAAUCCUGACACUGCAGGACAUAAGUGGGAAGCCCCUGCAGUCCGCCUUGCUCGCAACGACAUCUUCGUCCGGAGGUGUUGGCAAGGACGUGCUGCACUCCAACAGUGAGCGCUCACUCAACAGUCCCGUGAUGAGCCAGCUCUCUGGGCAGAGCUCGUCUGCCAGUCGCAAGGUUUCAGCAGUGGUCGGAGGCAGCGGAGUUGUCGGGACGGGUGCCGGCUCAGUAGGAUCCGGGGCAGUCGUGUCCGGUGGAGGUCCCGUGCCGGAGGUUGGGCUCACAGCCGAAGAAAUCGAACGCCUCAAUUCCCGACCUCGUACCUCCAGCUUGGUGUCAACGUUGGAUGCCGUUUCGAGCUCCAGUGAAGCUGCCCGAGGGCCAUCAGGACCUGGGGGAGUUGGUGGGGCCACACCUCUUCAUCGGAAAGAACCACUUCAUCUGCACCAUGGAGUGGCCGGGGCUGUGAAUGGUGGAGGAGGUCCCGGUGUAGUGGGAUCCCCCACCCAGCACGGGUGCAACACUGACGACAACGCCAGCUCUACGACGACGGAUGAGAGCGGCAAUGACUCGUUCACUUGUUCAGAGUUUGAGUACGACAAUACAAAUGAUAAGACACGAGGAGCAGGAGAGGUUUCAGCAACUGGUGCAGAUCAGGGUAAACCGCCACUGCCGCCAGUGCCUCCUGCGUCUUAUGACGGUUUCGACUCGUCCUUCCGAGGUUCGCUGAGUACCUUGGUAGCGUCUGACGAUGACCUGUCAACUCACGUCGGUGCAUCUCUGUACAGAGCACACAAUGGGUCUCCUUCGUCAACGGCUGCGGCACUCGGCUGGGACUAUUUGCUCAACUGGGGUCCCAAUUUUGAAAGCCUAGUGGGUGUUUUCAAGGAUAUUGCUGAACUGCCAGACUCUGUAAACUCGCGAGUGGCCGCAUCACUGCGAUUGCCGAACAGUGCACCCAAGCCGUCCGAAGAAUAUGUCUGACAGCUAUGACAUUGACUUUUGGCUGCGCAAAAGGGGCAAUGAGAAAUUUUAUUCUUGUGCCGAACUGCAGACAGUUAUUCUGUGUUUACUUGCAGGUGAUGAAGAGAACGUCUGACUUUCUGGUAAACUGUUUCUGUGUUGUACAUGAGGAAGUUUUCCUGUACUUUCUCAGAACAAUCACACUUAUCCAGAAUAUUUCAGACAGUACGUUUCAGAUGUUGCAUACUGUGAUAUUUUAAGUGAAUAGUGCAAGAGACGUUUCUGUGCACAACAGAGUUACAACUCUCAGGUCAGUUUGUGUCCCCAUAAGGCAGCCUUGUGUCAAGUUACAAGCACACCUCAUUUUGUUGCAGUGCUGCAUUCUGCAUAUUGAAUGAGGGCAGUUCCCAUGUAAAUGGUCCAUAACAUUAAAUGCAUGUUGUAAAUGCACCCCAAACCUUAGAAAUGUACAAGCAGAUUCACGAAAAGAAACUGCGGACUGUAAAUAAUUGUAAAUGUUCAUACCUCUUGUGCCAUUGUGUCCUGUGUCACUCUGUGGUUCUGGCUAUGUUAUAGUAUUUACUCAGAAUUUUUUGAAACUUCGUUUUUCAUCAUCCUUGCUUGGUUUAUUUACCAUACCUGUGACUGGAACAAUAUAAACAUCCCUUUAAAUUUGUUUUACUGUAUAAUUAAGGACCGAUUAUUUUUCACUCCCUCUUUUUUCUCUCAUCGAGAAUACUGUUAUUCAUUUGCAGAUUCACGGUUAGUGGCACAGAACAGUAUAUUUCCACUUUCAGGCAACUAUUUUGUGGGGAAAAUUGCCCACUAGGUGUGCUCAAUUUUGUAUGUCCAUUAGACAAUAUGGUACAAAACGAAAUAUUGCCAAUUUUAUGAUGUACUAUAUAAUUAUAAAAAAAUGUAUAAUGGCAGUACCCCAUGCUACUUUUACUUGUAAAUAUUAUUUGUAUUUUUAUAUUGUCAAUGUCUGUUUAUUUGUAUGAAAAUUGUGAAGUUGUACAUUUGUAUGUAAUAUUCAGUAACUCACUGUGCUUAGCCAAAAGAGGUAGUGCCAAAUGUUUUGCAUGUGUGAAUGAGUGUUUAAAUUUGAGUGUUAUAAUGCGAGAGAUGUGAAAUAAUAAACAACGGAAGAUGACACAAA